UAAAAUUUGGAACAAAUGUGUGUAUUGUUUUAUAAUUUGUCUAUAUAAAAAUAAACAUUAUUUUGUAUACAUAAAUAUUUGCUGGGUUAAGUAUUAAAAGAAAAGAGAAAGAAAAUUAAUUGCAAAUAUUAAAGGCGUUGACAACUGAACCGUACGAAUACAUGACGCUGUACGCAUGUUUUCCCCGCAAUAAGAAGUGACUGACCUUUAACAAGGAUGUAAACUAAAUUAUGAUAAAUGAGCAGCGUAUUAUCGAUAUAAGAUUAAUACCGCAAAAUUAUUUGUUUAUGCAAAUACUAAAAUCGCCAGGCAAAAAUAAAAUAACAAUGACCUUGUUUAUACAGUUCAAUAGAACAAACAAAUGUUGAAAAUAACCAAAUUAUAUAUUUAAAACAAUAAAAAAUACAUGAGCAAAAAAAAGCAAAUAAAAAUCCAGGUGGCAGUUUUUUUUCGAAUACCACUUCAUUAAGUUUUUAAGUGUGAAAAACAUUUGACAAAUGUUCAUGUAUGAUAUGCAUGUCUUGACAUACAGCGGCAAGCAAUUAGUGUCGGCAAAAAGACCUUAAACUUCAAAUGAACUUUUUCGUCUAAAUUUGGAGGACAAUAAUAAUAAAAAUCUUCAUUGACAUGAUGAAGCAUGAAACCAUAACAAAACCCCUGCCCAUAACUGCAGCUAAAGAUAAUACCAAAAAGGGUUUAUGGAAGUCAAGAGGCACUUCCGAGGGACCCACACCCAAAAGUCCCAUUACCAAAGCUUUUGAUUUUCUACCCUGGUCACGCAGCAAGAAAACAGCCAGCGAGAAAACUACAAAAGCUAAAAAUGAUUCAUCAUCAACUGCUGCUGCUACUAAUAGCAGCACGACUGCUGUAACUGCCGUUAAUGCUAAUCCAUCGGAUGAUAAAAAAGAUGCCUUGGCCUCUUUAAACUAUCAGCGCAAUAUCUUUCGUAAUGGCGGUGGCAUAAUACGUGAUAUUUUAAAUGAUAAAAUAAACAGAGAUGAAAGAACCUAUAAAAAAUCCAACAUACGUAGAGCACGCCAAGUGACGGGACGUAAUAAAAGUCUAGAUAUCAAUGAACUCAUCAAUUGUGUAGAGCAGGAACUUGCCAGCACUUCAGGUGAUGGCAGACAUAAUGUUGAAGGCAAAAGUCAUCGUUUUCUUGACGACACCUUUAUUGAGAAUAUAAUGAGAGCAAAAGAGGCCUAUCAGCGUAAUUUACAGCAAGAAGAGUAUGACGAAGAGGAGGAGGAGGAUGAGCAAGCCUACUACAACAAUCAUCACGCCCAUCACCGUCCCGUGGUGGAAUGUAAUGAUACAGAAGAUGAAUAUUUCUAUCAGCAACAACAAGAACUGGCCCAACUGUGCAAGCAUUCAGAUCCUUUAAAAAGUGCCAAUGGCACCACCAACCUCAACGGCAGUGGUAGUGCCUCUCCCAAGCAUAUACUCUUCAAUGAUGAGAACACGGUGUAUCUUAUUAAAAAAGAAUUGCCAGUCAAUAAAACCCUUAAAAACUGUGAUAAAGAACGUAAACACUCAGAGAGUGUUUUAAAAGCCCGCCUUAAAUUCAAAAAACUUUCAGCCGAUAAUUCCCUUCCUCAUGAUUCAAAAUCAAUGGUUCUAAACAACAACCGCAUCAUAGCGAACAGUAGACACCAGCCUCCUGUCAACAAUAAACGUAGUAUAUUACAAAGACAAAAUACCACACCCGAACAAUUUAGUGCCUUAACAAAUACCCGCUGUAGUCCAGAUGUUUUUCGCAAAAGAUCCCCCUCAGCCGGACGCUAUCAAGCACCCUCACGUUAUUCACCCAGCUACCCGAGACGUAAAUCUCUCACCGAAGGUGUGGUAUAUGAUCAAAACACAACUUCGUUAUAUGAUAAUGGCAAUUCGAGUACGAGCAGUAUGGGCAGUGGUGCCAGUACUAAUGGUGGUAUUUUAAAUGAUCGUCCUAAAACCGAUAAACCGCGUAAAAAAUUAUCAUUUCGCGAACCAGUGGUGGCGGGUAAACGUCCAUCGCGUCGCACUAGUGGUGAAGUUGUGAGCGUAACCACGAAUGGUUUGAAUGUCCAAAAGAGUAAUAAUAAUAAUAAUAGUGUUAAUAGUAAUUCCAACUGUGAUAAUGUAGUAGUAGCUAGUAGGCGUUCAACGCCAACAAAUGAUUCCAUGCCAACGGAAGAAAUGGAAAAGUCUCAGGCAAUGCGUAUUGUACGCACAGUGGGUCAGGCUUUUGAAGUAUGUCACAAAUUUAAUAUACAUAAAAAUUCCCUGGACAACAAUGAUGAACGUUCCGAUAUCUCAUCAUCAGAAUUAUUAGAUGUUGAAACCCGUUCGGAUCAACAAUUAAGUGACGAUGAUGGACACAAUAAAAAAGCUCAUACACCAGAAUUAAAUUUACCCCAAAGGCCUAAUCAUUUGGAAUUAGUGCCUCAAACAAAUCUUAGUAAAUCGGGAAGUUUUAUGUCCCACCAGUAG